AUGGACAAGUCACUUGAAAAGGAACAUGCCCUGAUGUUGCCCCCAAGUGAAGAGAUGAUAAACAAGUGGGCUGCAGCUUCUGGCCAGGUUUCACUGAACUCCAUGAUUCUUCCAGCUGCUUUGUAUUUUUGGCAAAUACCCCAUUUUAUGGCCCUCGCAUAUCUGUGUCGCAGUGAUUAUGCUGCUGGAGGCAAAUGGUCACUGCACAUAAUUUUUAGCACCAGGGGGAAUGUUGAAAGUGAUGGAUAUUUUAGGGGAACGUGGGACCCUGGGCGCUUAUGGUUCAAGAUGUUCUCUCUUGCUGACGCUACUGGUCAGAGGACUGCUGCAGUAGCUCUGAGGAACUGCCUGUAUCUGGUUCCAUUGGGAGUUUUAGCCUAUGAUUGGGGUGUGACAUCUGGAUGGUUUUGUCUUGAAUCAUUAUUUCUUACUCUAGCAAUAAGUGCCUCUGCAUUUUCAUUCUAUCGAGAUCGAACAGCACAGAAUGCAAGGAGGAUGUUUCAUGCGAGCCUUUUGUACCUUCCUGUGUUCAUGUCUGGGCUCCUUCUUCAUCGUAUCCCCGAGAACCAACAAUGCCUUUCAGAAUACAAUUCAGAUAGGGUCUCUGAGUUGGAAGCCGUAGCACAAGGCAGUGAAAACCUUAAGCAUAGGAACAAGGUAAUGUGUUCUGAAAUUGGCAAGCAAGCUCGGGCACCUGUGGCAUAUGCUUCUGCUGCACCAUUUCCUUUUCUGCCUGCUCCUUCAUACGCAACUUAG